UCCGACGCCCCCGAGCAGCUCGGUCCGCUUAAACCCACCGAGACCCUCAAGCUCGCCGUCUUCUCCACCUCGUCGUACAUGCGGCACACGCAGACGCCCGUCAUCGAGGAAGCCUUCGGCGCGGGCAACGUCCGAUGGUUAGACGUCGGACUCACCCCGCAGACCGCGCCGCUCGCCGCGGGAUGCAACGCGACGUGCCUCUUCGUCAACGAUCGCGCCGACGCCGAGACGAUCGACGCCCUCGCCGACCUCGGCGUUCGGUUCAUCGCCAUGCGAUGCGCGGGGUUCGACAGGGUCGAUCUCGACGCGUGCGCUCGACGAGGCGUCGCGGUGACGAGGGUCCCCGCGUACAGCCCUUACGCCAUCGCCGAGCACGCCAUCGCCAUGAUGCUGGCGCUCAACCGCCAGCUCAUGAAGGGUCACGCGCGGGUCGUGCAGGGGAACUACUCCCUCAGCGGCCUCGUCGGGUUCGACAUGCACGGCAAGACGGUCGGGAUCGUGGGAACCGGAAAGAUCGGUCGAUGCACAGCGAAGAUCCUCCUCGGCAUGGGGUGCGAGGUGCUCGCCUACGACGUGUUCCAGUCCAAAGAGGCGAUCGCGAUGGGGGUCAAGUACGUGGACACCGUGCAGGAGCUGUUACCGCGGUGUCAGAUCGUCUCCCUCCACUGCCCGCUCACCGACGACACGUACCACCUCAUGGACGACGCGACGUUCAACCUCAUGCGGAAAGGAAGCAUGCUGGUCAACACGAGCCGCGGCGGCUUGGUCGACACGGCCGCGCUCGCGCGCGCGCUGGACGCGCAGAAGAUCGCGUGCGUCGCCAUGGACGUGUACGAGCACGAGGCGGGUUUGUUCUUCGAGGAUAAGAGCGAGGAGACGGACGCCACUCCGGGGAGCUCGCUAUCUCCGGAUUGGGACCUGAGCCUCGGCUCGCUCGCGUCGCGGCCGAACGUGUUGGUGACCAGUCACCAGGCGUUUCUCACCGCGGAGGCGCUCGGGAACAUCGCGAGCACGACGGUGGAGAACCUGCGGGAGUUCGCGGGGGGCGGGGGCGCGGGCGAGGGGGGCGGCUACGUCAACGAGGUGAUCGGCCACUGACGGAGUCUAGCCAGUCUAAGAUAUUUUACACGAGCCGAGUUUCACCGCCUU